UACCACUACCACUACCACUACCAUCACCACCGCCACUACUACCACCACCGUCGUCGUCGUCGCCACAAUCAGGGCAGAUUCUAAACGCGUGUUUUUGUAUGCGCAACACGUUCAAGCCACAACCGAAACGCUUUGGACAUCGCUCGGAUCUCUCUUGCAUGGUGCAUACAUUGUAAGAAAACAUGCCUCUGUUUGGAAAGUCCCAGAAGAGUCCAGCGGAGGUGGUGAAGGCUCUGAAGGAGGCGGUAAAUGCAUUGGAACGUGGUGACAAGAAGGCGCAAGAAGAUGUGAGCAAGAAUCUCGUACACAUCAAGAAUAUGCUGUAUGGUACAGCCGAGACAGAGCCACAGGCAGACAUCGUGGUAGCACAGUUGGCACAGGAAUUGUAUAACAGCAACCUCCUGCUUCUGCUCGUGCAAAAUCUGAGUCGCAUCGAUUUUGAGGGAAAGAAGGAUGUUGCACAAGUCUUCAAUAACAUUUUGCGGAGGCAGAUCGGCACUAGAUCACCCACUGUAGAAUACAUAUGUACCAAACCUGAAAUUCUUUUUACACUUAUGUCCGGUUACGAGCACCAAGACAUCGCACUCAAUUGUGGCACAAUGUUACGAGAAUGCGCGAGAUAUGAAGCCUUGGCCAAGAUCAUGAUUUACUCAGACGACUUUUACAACUUCUUCAGAUACGUCGAAGUCUCUACGUUCGAUAUCGCGUCUGAUGCCUUCUCUACGUUUAAAGAAUUACUUACGAGGCACAAAAUACUCAGCGCUGAAUUCUUAGAGAUACAUUACGAUAAAGUUUUCUCACACUAUCAAAGGUUACUCAAUUCGGAAAACUAUGUAACACGACGACAAAGUUUAAAAUUAUUGGGCGAACUAUUGCUCGAUAGACACAAUUUUACAGUUAUGACACGAUAUAUAUCAAAUCCAGAUAAUUUAAAAUUAAUGAUGAACAUGCUAAAGGAGAAAUCUCGCAACAUACAGUUUGAAGCUUUCCAUGUUUUUAAGGUAUUUGUCGCAAAUCCCAACAAACCAAAACCCAUUCUGGACAUAUUACUCCGUAAUCAGGAGAAGUUGAUCGAGUUCCUGACGCGCUUCCACACGGAUCGUUCCGAAGACGAGCAGUUCAACGACGAGAAGGCGUAUCUGAUUAAGCAGAUCAAAGAACUUAAGUCUGUACAUGAUAAUUAAGUCAAGGAAAUACAAUUAUUGCUACCGCUACGACUAACUACCAUUACAAUCAUUAUUACUAUCGAGUCUACUGCUGCUGUUGCUAAUUACGGUUUUAUCAUUAUUAUAUAGUUAUAAUUUAUCAUCAUCACUGUCAUUGUCACCAUUAUUACAAUCAUCGUCAUUACCAUUGUCAUUAUCAUCUCGGCAUUAUUAUUAUUAAUUUUAUUUGUGAGUAAAUAAUUCACUGUAAAUAAAAAUUACAUUUAUAUCUUAUUGUACUAUACGCAGAUCGAGUUGUCAUCGUUGCCAGCGUUCUGCCACGUUUUUAGGAAUGAGUCGAUUAUUAAAGCAGAAUGAAAAC